CAGCCAUGCAGAGCUGCCAGUAUAAAGCUGCACUCAGAAACAGAGCAGAGCCCUCUGCAUUAGCCUGCUCCCCUCUCUCAGACGGCGACCUCAGUGGAUAGAGAGGCAGAUGGAAAGGAACUGAACAAAGGUUGCAGCACAGCUGAGGAUCACAACUCCAUGUCCAUCACCAUGGAAACAACAGAACAAUCAGCGUUGGAGAUGGAUUGUGAAGUGGAUGUCGGUAUGGCUGAUUCACCUAAGCAACAGGACUUUAUUGCAGAUGACGAGCUUGUUUGUUCAGCGACACCGCCAUUAGUCCCGGAGUCUCCGUUGGAAAAGGUAACGCCUGACACUUUAUUAACUGACACGCCAAGCAGUAGAGACGCGAAUGACAAGCGUGACUGCUCUGAGCCCGACGUCUGCACUGAAACGGCUCGUCAGAAUCAAAAAGAAGCUUUGGUUUUGGAGCCGGGCUGUGAAGAGCUCAGCAGGAAGGAAUCAGUCACCUCAUCUGUGUCCGACCCACUCUCCAGUGUAGACAGUGUGUGUGAGAAUGACCCCCAACAUAAGAGGAGGAAAACACCAGAACUAGAUCCUGAGCAGGAACAGACCCCGGAGCUAGAACAAGAUGCUGUACCAGUACGAAGCCCAGAGCCUGGUGAAGAUCCUGAGGAACUAAGUCUUGAACUAGAGCAAUACCCUGAACCAGAGCAAUACCCUGAACCAGAGCAAUACCCUGAACCGGAGGAAUACCCUGAGCCAGUGCUAGAGCCUGAGCUAGAGCCAUUCCCAGAAUCAACGCAAUACCCUGAACCAGUGCAAUAUCCUGAACCGGAGGAAUUCCCUGAACCGGAGGAAUACCCUGAGCCAGAGCCGUUCCCAGAAUCAACGCAAUUCCCUGAACCAGUGCUAGACCCUGAGCUAGAUCAGUAUCCUGAGCCAGAGCCUGGGGCUGUUGACAAUUAUCUGCAUUCUGAAGAAGAUGGCUAUCUAAAUCUGGAAAUAUAUAAAGACCCAGAGGCCCAAGAACUCAUAUUUGAACCAUCCGUCACAGAGGAGUCUAUGUUAGCACAGUGCAUUAGAGAAGAAGCUAUGUCAGACGUCUCCACCGAAUCCUGCCAUGAACCUGGUCCUGAUGAAAUGGAAGAAUGCCUGAGAGUUGAGAUUGCAGCAGCAUCUUCAGAUAGUGAGGCGGAUGAAAAAUGGAGAACGAUAUUCUCCUCUUCUAUUAAUAGAGAAGAUGACGAUUCAUACUUGGAUAGUCUUCAGUUGAGUGCCCAGGAGCUCUUUGUACAAAAAGCUGAGAUGACAGGUGCUGAAGACGAAGACAGCAACGCUUUUCAUGAAGUGUGUUUCGAGGUCCCGCAAGUGGAAGACGUUCUGGAACAGCCCGAGGUUAACAUGCCUUUCCCCAGCCCUUCACAGGAGGUUAAAUAUAACCCGUUAGGCCUUCAAGGCUUGUCUAAAAUAUCUGAAGAUGAGAGUGAGAAUGGUAAAGAUGCCAAUUAUAACCACAUCGCUCACCAACCGCACAUCAGCGUAGAUGCAGUCAAGAAGCUACCUAAAGACUUCUGUGUGAUACAGGAAACCAAGAGUGAGAAUGUUAGUACAGAGCACGUGGACUUCCAGCUGGCUCGGAAACAGUGGCGGGAAAUGGAGGAACAAACCAAAAACAAGGUAGUCUUACCUACAACCAAGCAGCUGAGCUUCCACGGCAGCUACAGCUUCAUGUACACUCCAGUGCGCAACAUUGACCGACCUCACAAGAAAGCACAUGAUCUGGAAAACUUAGAUCUGGUUGGGGAGUAUCCUCACACCCAGUUUAGCCCCUGCUCAGAGGAUUCUGGUUUGGAUGAUUCCAGCUACAGGUCCCCUUAUGAUGACCCAGAAACAGUUGAAAGGGAUAUUCGCAUAUCACUGGAGAGGGAAGAACAUUUCAAAAGGGAGAGGGGCCUUUCCAGGAUGGGCAAGUCAACUGAUUGUGCACCAUCAAGAAGUAUCCCUAGAUCAAUAAGCACUCCACUGACGCCGUCAUUCAUCAUCACCUCCUCACCUACCAAGGAACCCCUGAAGCAUGAAAUGUCAGCGAACAAUGUAAUCAUUCUGGACCCUAGCAAUGACUUUACCUCUAGUCCCAGGCAUGUUAAAGACAACGUGAAUGCUCAGUCUAGUGACUGGCACUCCAAAGAGACCAGCUCCAGCGUCAUCAUCCUGGAGACGUCCAAUUUGAUCAUUCGCAGUGCCUCUGAGUUCUCUCUCAGUAAAGCAUGUGAGCAGCCCCAGGAAAAAAUGUUCCUGAACAACCCGUUUUUCAAACUACGUUCAAGAAGCACAAUAUCCUUGGUGGAUGAAGAGAUCAAGAUGGUAAAGCAGAGGGAGGAUGAGCUGAAAAAGGAGAGGGAAACUCUGUAUGCCAAAGACAGGUUCAGCGCAGAAAGAGUAUUGUCAAACCGCAUGGAAACGCUGACCUUUAAUAACUCAGUUGAUGUUCCUGUGAAGUGCAAGUCGUCUCCAUCCUCACCAAUGAAAACCACCCACAGGAUGGAUCGUGCUGCUCUGUCGUGUGAUCACAGAUUUCCAGAGAUCCACACUGGAGGAAGACGCAAGAGCGCCAUGGCUCUGCGCUGGGAGGCGGGAGAGUUCACGAAGAAUGAAUGAAGUCAAAGGUUCACUGCUGUGAAGUCAGACGCUCUGUUGAAAUGGUUUCAUGUUGUGACAUAAAUUCUGCUUCGUGUGACGCUUGGGCAAAGAGUGUUUAUUCUUACGUUAGUCUGAACAAAGCUUAUUGAGCACUGAUGGCGGAGCUGAUAAUGUUCUGGCCACGAGGUGCAUAUUAUGUUUGUGAAUAUGCAUUUGACAUUUGUUCAUUCCUUGUGGAUAAAUACUCAUAUUUGCUGCUGUUUUAAAGUCUUAAUAAGCUACAGAAUCUGUAAUUGUUUUAGUAAAGUGAUGUUUCUUAGACAACUAAAAGCAGUGCCAACAUACUUUGUAUUUAAACCCUAAACAACUAUUUUUCUUCUUGUUUUUUGGCUUGUGAAGAAGCACAGAAGGUCCUAAAACUGACAAACAGUAAAAUAAGAACAGACUCAGCAGUUUGAUAUGGCAUCGAGUCCUGUUAAUGCACCACAGGGUUUAGUGGAUCCUGGUCUUUGCUGAAGAUUUCCUUCUGUGGGAAUAGAUAAAGGAUCGUUUCAUUGUUUGUGCCAUGUCCGAUGACUGAUUGGAGUCAGUAUUAAUCCUCCAAUAAUGUGAGUGUAAACCUGUAAAUGGACUGCAUUUAUAGAGCUCUGCACCUUUAUUAACCAAGAAUGUGACCCUAAAAUGUCUCUGCUGGGAGAAAAGUGCAUCGUUCUGUUGUUGGUGGCGAGGAUGAGCAUAGCAGGCUUCACGUAGUCCCCGGCUGUCAGGAUCUUACGGCCCUGUGGAUGACUCUGUCCCAACAACCAGAGGAACUCACAGGAUGGUGGAUGCUUCAUAUAGUUACCAUCUGUUUGCUUUUCUAUUGUUCUGUCGUUGCAGCUGAUGUGCUUUUCUGCUUUAACACAACUGAAUUCUCCAAAAAGGCUCCAAUAUGUUUCUGCUGUUAGACAGAGGAGCGUGCAUGACAAACAAGAGACUAGUUAAAGCUCAGUCCCUUUAAUGCAAUUUUCUUUCUGCUGACAUCAUCAGAACAGCAAUGUUGUGUGGAUCAGAAGGUGUACACAGACAGCUUUGCCUCAGUUUGAUGUGAUGAAUAGACUCGUCUGCCUUUAAAAACAUGUGAAAUUAGACACAAAAAAACUGUUAGUGUCAAAGGAUGAAAUAAAAUCAUAAAACCUGGAAGCACAACAAGGGCUCUGUGAGAACGACGACACAAUAAAGGUUUGUUCUUUCUGCCCUGACUAAUGUACAAUACUGUCCACUAACCUUUGAGACAUUAUGUCAGUCAGACUUUUGAUGUUAUUGUCUUGAUAAUGAAAGUGUGGUCGUGUAUAUUAACUGUAUUUUCAUAUUAUGCUGUUAGUUGCAACUGAUAUUUAAGCUGGAUGAACACAGGAGCAUCCAACAACAACAUCACUUAGACAAUCAUAUUAUAAAUGUCCAGAUUUUUAUGAGAUAUAAAUUUAUAAUUCCUGUCCAACCCUCCUCGUGGGGUCGAUGAAGCCAUGGCUCUAAAUCACACAGGGUAAUUAAAGGUUACUCUGAUAAUUAACAACUUAUUUAUUUAUUGUUAGAGAUCCUUUACAUGAACAAACACACUGAAGGUUUUUUUAAUAAAUGUUUCUCUCUGAAAAACACUUUAUACAAAUGCAGUGCUUUCACCUGAGAGUCUAUUGAUCCUACAGUUUAUUUUUCAUGUCAGGUUUGUACGCUUAACCGCUGAAGUAUAGCUUACAGAACUUAAGGUUUGCUUGCUGAUGUUUAAACAUUUUGUGUACAGCCUCCUCUGUCGCGUUCAGGGGCUGACUGGGGCUCUGUUUGCAGGGGAUUUUCACAGUGUAUUCCUCAUGCAAAAAUAAAUAAAGCUAUAUAUGAUAUAUGAA